GCAGAAGUGAACGAUCGAGAUGAUGAUACGAACAAAUAUUGGAACAUCAGGAAUACGAAUCGAACGCCUUUUACUUACACGAAUCGUGCAUCGGGUGUGUCCAUAGAGAAUGUUUAUUUAUCUUCGCAGAUUGAUGCAUUGCAAUGGCAACUCAAAGAGGUAGAAUCCAGCCGUGGGAUAUACAGGACAGUGAUGAAGCAGCUGGUAACGUUCUUGGAAAAAGCGCACAGAAGCUUGGAACUGUUAGACUCUAAGCUCAAUAACGACAGACUGCCAAAUAGAGAAGAGGAUUGCUGCUCUUCAUACAACGGAGAGCUGAACGAUUCCUCUUCGUGGAUUGGGAAGACGUGUACAGAUUCUGCAGAUGUAACUUACAGAAACGUCAGUAGGAGAGCCAAACGAAAUAGUCUGCCGCACGAGAUAUCACCUCAUAGUUUGUCGCAAGAGGCUUACAGACUGCUGAGGACCGCCGAAUCCCUCUUGAACACGCAAGAACCAGAUUUGACGAACCUGAAAAGCAAUCAAUCUAAAGAUUUGGAGUUUCUGGCGCAGCUGGCAAAGGAAUUCCCUGCAGAACCGAGCGUCCGCAAGCAGAUUUCCUUGAACCCGAAACUCCUGACUCCCGAAAAGGAAUCGAAACCGACGCCCAGCAAAAUCACGACCUCCGAUAUCUUCAGGGAGACUUUAUCCCGGAGCACGGUGCUUUCCUCCAAGUCUUCGAUCGCCAACGAUGCCGACUUCUCUUCCACGCUAACAGACGGACACAGUUUAAGUUUUAAAACGAAUUCUUCACCAGUGAGCAGCAUAGGUUCCGCCGAAGACGAGAGCGGUUUCAGCUCGCUGAAUUCCUUUCAAGAAGUCGGGUUGCCGAUGACGAACGAUCCAAAAAAACACAGGCUAUACGAAACCGAAACGUCGACUGAAAACGAUAACUUUAGAUUGUGGAAAACUACGACGACGAUGACAACGACGGACCAACUGAGUUUAAGUACAAGAGGUGAAACUACUAAAUCCGAGAAGAUUCUGAUGAAUGUGCUUUGGGUGUAAUCGUCAUUCCAGGAUUUUUUUAUUAUUUCUCCUAUUUUUUACGAAAUUAAUGACUUUUUUUUCAAAUCACAUGAAAUACAUUUUCAAUGCCAUGCUUAGAUGCUUCGCCAUUGCGAUGCAAUGCAUGGAUUUUUAUUUUUUUUUGCGAUUAACUUAAUUUUUAGCUUACAUUUUGUAUUCUGAGGACGGCAGACAAUUGCCGAAGCGCUAAAUUUAAUUAGAACU